UUGCAAGGCGGGGUCUCCGUGCCGCCGGCGAGUGACGGGUCGCCCCUUUAAGGGGCGAUUUGCCUCGCGCUCACGGUGGCCCGGCAUGCAGCGCAGCUCCGUUGCAGCGCGAGCUGUGAUGGAGGCGCCGAACGCGAGCCCGGGCUGAGGGGCGGCGCGCGCCGGGGCCGGAGCCGGAGCGGGAGCGGGUGCGCGAGCGCGAGCGCCAGCGCCAGCGGAGACUCCGAGCCGGAGCGGCAGCCGUCCGCUGCCCAGCGCUCACCAUGACCGCCAACACCGCCGGCUGCCGCUUUGCAGAUUACUUCGUCAUCUCUGGUCUGGACGUCGAGACCGGCUUGGAGCCGGACGAGCUCUCGGCUUUAUGCCAGUUCUUACAGGCUUCUAAAGGCAGAGAUGGUGCUGGGCGAGUCAGUUCAAGUGCAAAUGAAGGUGAAAAUUAUGAACAGAGCCCUUUGCGCAGAACUUUUAAAUCUAAAGUGUUGGCUCAUUAUCCAGAAAAUGUGGAAUGGAACCCCUUUGAUCAGGAUGCUGUUGGGAUGCUCUGCAUGCCGAAAGGCCUUUCCUUUAAAACACAGUCUGACAACCGAGACCCACAAUUCCAUUCGUUCAUCAUCACGAGAGAGGACGGUUCUCGCACCUACGGAUUUGCUCUCACGUUUUAUGAAGAGGUGGCAAGUAAACAGAUUUGCAGCGCAAUGCAAACGCUGUAUCAUAUGCAUAAUGCAGAACAAUACGAUAUCCUUCAUACCUCAUCCACAAUCUGCAUAAACUCAGCUGAGAGUAUCUCUGAAAACUGCGGUGACAUGUCUACGGGAGUGUCUAAACUACAGCGUUUUAACUCGUAUGAUAUUAGCAAGGAUACACUUUAUGUCUCAAAAUGCAUUUGCUUGAUUACACCCUUGCCUUUCAUGCACGCCUGUAAGAAAGUUCUUGAACAACUCCAUCAAGCUGUGACUUCUCUUCAACCUCCUCCGCUACCACUCGAAAGUUAUGUUUACAAUAUUCUAUAUGAAGUUCCACUGCCACCAGCGGGGAGAUCGUUAAAAUUUUUGGGUGUAUAUGGUCCAAUUGUUUGUCAGAGGCCGAGUGCCAAUGAAUUACCACUAUUUGACUUUCCAAUUAAUGAAAUGUUUGAACUUUUGGGUCUGGAAAAUGUGCUCCAACUCUUCACCUGUGCAUUGCUGGAAAUGCAAAUCCUGCUGUACUCCCAACAUUACCAGAGACUGAUGACAGUAGCAGAAAGUAUCACAGCAAUACUAUUUCCCUGUCAAUGGCAACAUGUGUAUGUCCCCAUCCUCCCAGCAUCGCUGCUUCAUUUUUUAGAUGCUCCUGUUCCUUACUUGAUGGGUUUGCAUUCCAAUGGGCAGGAUGACCGGUCCAAGUUAGAGUUGCCACAAGAGGCAAAUCUGUGCUUUGUGGAUAUAGACAACCAUUUCAUUGAGUUGCCGGAAGACUUGCCUCAAUUUCCAAACAAAUUGGAAUUUAUUCAAGAAGUCUCUGAAAUUCUCAUGGCUUUUGGUAUUCCACCUGAAGGGAAUUUGCACUGCAGUGAAAGUGCCUCUAAGCUGAAAGACUUCAAAGAGAGUGAUGUGGCCUGUGAUAAGAAGAACGGAAAUGUUGCUGGGUCAGCACUGAACACUUACGAAUUGCUGAAGGAAAAUGAGACCAUGGCAAGACUGCAGGCUCUUGUGAAGAGGACUGGGGUCAGUUUAGGAAAGUUUGAAGUGAGAGAAGAAUCUGGAAGUAACAAAGAUUUGAAGGUACAUUGUGACGAGGAAGAGCUGAAGAUUCAUCAGCUAAAUAUCCAGAUCAGAGAAGUCUUUGCCAAUCGCUUUACCCAGAUGUUUGCUGAUUAUGAGGUAUUUGUAAUUCAGCCCAGCCAGGACAAGGAAUCCUGGUUCAAUAAUCGGGAACAAAUGCAGAACUUUGAUAAGGCUUCUUUCCUUUCAGACCAGCCUGAACCCUAUCUGCCAUUUCUGUCCAGAUUUCUUGAAACUCAAAUGUUUGCGUCAUUCAUUGACAAUAAGAUAAUGUGUCAUGACGAUGAUGAUAAAGACCAAAUUUUGAGGGUGUUUGAUACCAGAGUUGACAAAAUAAGAACUUUGAAUGUUAGGACACCAACACUGCGUACAUCAAUGUAUCAGAAGUGUACCACUAUUGACUCAGCAGAGAAGGCAAUUGAGCUGCGACUUGCAAAAAUUGACCAUACUGCAGUACACCCUCACCUCCUAGAUAUGAAAAUCGGCCAGGGAAAGUAUGAAUCUGGAUUCUUCCCGAAACUACAGUCAGAUGUGCUUUCCUCUUCACCAGCCAGUAACAAGUGGGUGAAGAGGAGUGCCCCUGCCCAGUGGAGACGAAAGGAUCGGCAAAAGCAGCACACAGAACACUUACACCUGGAUAAUGAUCAAAGAGAGAAGUACAUUCAGGAAGCUCGGAAUCUUGGCACGGGCAUGCGUCAGCCUAAGCUAUCCAACCUCUCUCCAUCAGUAAUCGCACAUACCAACUGGAAGUUUGUUGAGGGUCUGCUGAAAGAAUGCCGUAAUAAAACUAAGCGAAUGUUGGUGGAGAAAAUGGGGCGUGAAGCAGUGGAAUUGGGUCACGGUGAGGUGACGCUCACAGGAGUGGAGGAGAAUACAUUAAUUGCCAGUCUCUGUGACUUGUUAGAGCGAAUUUGGAGUCAUGGACUACAGGUCAAACAAGGUAAAUCAGCCCUCUGGUCUCAUCUGUUACAUUACCAAGAGAACAAAGAGAAAAAGGAAGCUUUGCUUGGAACCACUAGCAGCCCAGGAUUCAACCAGGACCAAGACAGGAGGAAGCUUGAUGGCUCUUGGAUGCCUCCCUUAAAGAUCUCACUCAUCCAGGAUAUGAGGCAUAUACAGAAUAUUGGUGAGAUCAAAACUGAUGUGGGAAAAGCUCGAGCAUGGGUACGACUUUCAAUGGAAAAGAAAUUGCUGUCCAGACAUCUCAAGCAGUUGCUUUCAGACCAUGAGUUAGCAAAAAAACUUUAUAAACGUUAUGCCUUCCUUCGCUGUGAUGACGAGAAGGAACAAUUCCUGUAUCACCUCCUUUCAUUCAAUGCAGUGGAUUACUUCUGCUUUACUAAUGCAUUUACAACAAUCAUGAUUCCAUACCAUGUGCUGGUCAUUCCUAGUAAGAAGCUAGGAGGCUCCAUGUUUACAGCAAAUCCCUGGAUCUGUAUAUCAGGAGAAUUGGGAGAGACGGGUAUCCUACAAAUACCCAAAAGUAGCCUUGAAAUGACGUUUGAGUGUCAGAACUUGGGAAAACUUACAACAGUGCUCAUUGGUCAUGAUAACUCGGGGUUGUAUGCCAAAUGGCUUGUGGACUAUGUUGUAGUUCGGAAUGAAAUAACAGGUCAUGCAUAUAAAUUUCCUUGUGGUAGGUGGCUCGGAAAAGGAGUUGAUGAUGGGAGUCUGGAAAGGAUCCUUGUUGGUGAACUUGCUUCAGGCACACAAGAAAUUGAUGAGCGUCACUGUCGAACUCCCCCAAUGCAGCAAUCUCCAAGUAUGAUCAGGAGGUUUGUCAAUAUAACUCCUACCAAUAGACCAAAGUUAAACACUGGCCAGAUACAAGAAUCUGUAGGUGAAGCCAUCAAUGGGAUCGUCAAGCACUUUCACAAGCCUGAGAAAGAGAGAGGUAGCCUGACAUUACUGCUCUGUGGGGAAAAUGGACUUGUGUCAGCUUUAGAGCAAGUGUUCCACCAUGGGUUUAAGUCACCUCGACUCUUCAAAAGUGUUUUCAUUUGGGAUUUUUUGGAAAAAGCAUCUGUAUACUUUGAGAGUUUGGAACAUAUUGAACAUACGCAGGAAGAGAACUGGCAAACUAGGGCUAAGAAAUUUUGCAAGUUUGUUGCUGCUAUUAAUAAUGCUCCUAGGAACAUCGGAAAGGAUGGGAAGUUUCAGCUACUGGUGUGUCUGGGAGCAAGGAAUCAUCUCUUGCAUCACUGGAUUGCGCUGCUUGCUGAUUGCCCUAUUAUUGCUCAGAUGUAUGAAGACACAGCUCUGAUUAAAGACCACACUCUAGUUAACUCUCUGAUCCGAGUGCUGCAAACUUUACAGGAAUUUAACAUCACACUGGAGACGUCACUGGUCAAAGGUAUUGACAUUUAAAAGUGAUCACAAGCAUACAGGAAAGGACCAUGCAAAAAAUUUGCUGCAUACCUGAUGAACAAAAUUGAAACUACAAAGGGAAAUAUUGGAAUUCAACAACUUGUCUUGAAGUUGCAGGAGCUAUUUGCCAUAUAAUGUAUGCACAGAGCCAUUUUGAACCUAUACCCAAGAUUGUAUUAAGCUAUUGUAAAGUUUGAGAGAAUGUGCAUAUGUGCAGACUUUUACUGUAAUGUCAGCUGUCUAUAGUCUUUCUUGGUUGUACAGUGUUGUGCAGCCUAUCCAAGAACAAUGCUUGUUUAAAAAUUUUUUUGUUGAAAGCAAGAAAGAAGUAUUAUGUUUGAUUUCUUUUGCUGCAGAUUGUCAAUAUUUGCACUGUUAACCUGCAGUUUAAAUAGUGUCUAAAUUUUUUAAGUGUACAUAAUGACAGUGCAGUGAAUUAUGUACAUUUACUAAGUAGCUGCUAAAAAUGUGUGUAUAUAUGUGUAUAUAAAGAAAUUUGUGUGUGUAUGUGAUAUACAUGCGCAGUAUUCUUGUAAAUUUAAUUGGCAAGUUGGUAGUAUUUUUCAAAUGUUGAUGAUCAAAGGAUGAUGAUAACAUUCUGAUAUUGUGCUAAGCAAAUACAGUAUUUGUAAUGUUUUUGAUUAAAAGAAAUACUCUUUUGUUUUCAGUUUACCAUCUAGUACAUAAAAUUGAUAAUUGAUAUCUCAUAAUUAGACAUAUGCCCUUGGCAUUCAAGCUCCUAUGAAGGUAUCUUAAUGAACUUAAACUAAAUUUGUUUAGUGUGACAUUAAAGUUCAAAAAGUAGUACAUUCAUAAUACAUUUUUUUGUGCAUAUGUAUGGCUUCUAAUGUAUUUUCUGAUUGGCUGCUGUUACCUUUUAUAUCAUCUGUAACAUAGAGAACAUGGGAGAAAGUUCCACCAACUGGAUUAAUACACUUGAAUUUAAAGUUUACUCUUUACCUUUUGUGCAUGUAACAUUCCUGGUGAAAAAUGUUUUCUGGAAACUUUUUGUAUUUACUUUUAUCUACAUCUUUGGCAUUACAUCUUAUUUAUCGCUUAAAUACAUUAAGAAGAUGUAUUCUAGAUCUUUUUACUGUUAUAAAAUAAGGUUAAAAUGAAAGUUCAUUCAAAUGUUUUGUUUCCUCGAAUGUAGGAUUUUUUUUCAACCAGCUGUGAUUUAGGUGAAACUUUUGACUUUAUCAAAUUAUAGUGUGGCAAGUUAUUUUUCAGUAAACUGGAUUUCAUCCACAAUUCCCCAAUAUUCCUGUGAAAUAAGUUCUAUUGCAGUAAUACAGAUUUAGCACUGGUAGUAUCAGUCUUGUUUUCAACUUUUGUUGUGCCAUUUAAAUUUGGAGUAGCCAUGCAUAAUAUCCAGAUUAUUUACCAAUAAGCUUUGAAACGUUUGUAAAAUAAUAUCAACAACCUCUGGUUUAUAUUCAGGGGAAAAAUGACUUGCAAGCCAUUUGUAAUGAAUAGCCUAAGAGAAGCUGGUUGGUUUCUGCUUCUGGAAGCAUUGAAAACAACAACUCUUCUGCCUUUGGGUUCUUUAGCAAACAACAUUGCCAAACAUUCAGAACAUUGUAAUGGGAAAGUUCUUCGGGAAUUUAAGUAUGUUAUGGGCUGACACUAAACUGGAAAUUGUUGGUAUUCCGGAAGAAAGAAACUGUCCAGUUAUAUCUAUUAAUGAACUGAAUGGAAACUUGUUUGUGUCUUGCCUCCCCUUUUCCUUUUGAUCCUUUUAGAAGUCGGGCACUAAAGUUAGUGCAGAGCUGAAUGGUUGCCAGUGAUUUCUGUCAUAAUUCCUCCUUAUGGACAUCAGAUUGUGUUUGCUUGCAUUAACUACAUUGCAAAUUCAUUGAAGUUUGUUGAAUAGGCUGAAAGAUGUGAACAGUUAUGAAUUAGUUGCAUGAGGAAUUACUUGUUUUCAACUUGCCCAAUGAACAUUUGCAGUAUUCAGUAAAGUGUGAUAAAGUAACCCUCAUUAGAGCAAUUGAAAACCAAAUUAUUAUAUUGCAGUCAUAAUAUUACAAUAUACAGCCUUCUGCAGUUUUUAAAAGAAAGUUUGGAGUGCAGUAAUGUAGAUCUUGCCAUACAUUCAGAGUAAGUUGUAUAGUUGAAAUGUUGAGUUAUUUAGGAAUAAUCUUCAGUACAUCAGUGAUUGAACUAGUGUAAACUAUUGUUACAGUUGGCAGUUCCUGUGAACUUUCUAGCAUAAUUCACCAGACACUACUUUGAUGAAGAAUGAUAGAUUCCCAUCCUGCAUAGUUUAAGUUCACUUAAUGUUCUUGCAUUAAUUUUAAACAGGUGUAGCCUUUGAAACAUAAUCCCUGGGGAAAAGUGAUUAGGAAAAUUAAUGACUAAGGUAUUACUUUUGUAGCUUGUCUAUUUACUGGUGCUUUAACAUGCUCUUGUACGUAUAGGCUGGGUUUUUUUUCAAUUUGACAAGUUGCCAAUAAUGAUACAGCAAGGGAAAAACUGGGCAUUUGGUACCAGAGUGAAUAAAAAGAUCCACCUUAUAUCUCCUUAAUCAAUUAGACUGAAGGAUUCAUACCAUUCAAAGCUGUUUUUAUAAUUGAUCAAUUGUGUCAUAACUACAAUAAAAUGGAAUUGAGUGUCAUAAGUGAGGGGCCAUAACAACUAGUAAAUCAAAACAAUUAAUUUGGAGAAGCUUCUUUAUCAAGCUAAAAUCAAUGUGGACUACAACAAACAGCAAUACCAUAACAAAUGUACAUUUGUGGGGAAACUAGAUAAACAUGCAUGGGGAAAACAUGAUCUGUUAUGAAAGCAGAAUUAGGUUGGAAAAAACUGAGUAGAUUAAUAUAAAGUUAAGGUCUAAAGAUACAUUUCUUUAUAGUCUAUUGAUUUAAAACUCAAUUUUAUUGUUUGUUCAAAUCCAUAUUGAUUUUGAGCAUCAGUUAUCAAUUUUUAUGUAUUAGAAAUAUAACAUUUCAUAUUCUUACCUCUUCAGCUUGUCUGGGCAUAUGGUACAAUUCACAUUCAUCUAAUUACCCAAAAGUCAACAUUUCUAAAACAUUGCUCUUUUACCAUAAUGUUUGAUUCUUCACUGAUAUUAGAUCAGAGAUGUUAAAAAUUGUUCAGCAUAACAAAUCUUGAAAAGUUUGCUUAUAAAAUGUAUUAAUGUAAACAACAAUGUCUGUAGUCAUCACUCUGUCCCCACUUUAAGUAGGAGAUUUUUAACAAAGUUGUAAUUUUUUUUUCUGUACAAUUUUUGCCCCAUCUCUCAAACACAUAGAUACACACACCCAGGUUCCACAAAACUUGUGAUUAUUUUACUUUCAAAUCUGAUGCUGGGUAGCUCAGACCUGUACAAUGUCAUGGACUGGGUUACAAGGUGGCACUUCAGGAUAGUGGAUUCCAUGAGCAACCUUUGAGCCACCAUUGCAAAGGCAUACUUUUCCAGUGUUGUAAAGUCCCAGCCUCUGUAGCUCGCACCUGGGAAGCUCUGGCAAGUCCCGUUAAGUAAACAACAUACCACAAUGAUCCUUGGGAAUGGGCCUUUUGAUUCCCACCAAUUUGUUAGCCCGUUCUUCCCACUGAAUAUAGACUAUCUCAUCAAUCCACCCCUCAGUUUCCUAAAAUCCAGACACAGAUGUAACUAGUUUAUUUUUGUGUAUCUCACAAUGAUGAAAUAUUUUCCUGGAUGCGGUUCCUCACGUGGAGCCUUUGACAUUGCACUGCUGCCUUUUACACCUUUGGAAAAAAUAUUAACUUAGACACUCCUUCAUCCACUAUAAUUGUCUUUCUUUGUUAAAUUCUGAACCUUCAAUCAUUCAAAAUGUUUCAAGUAUUUUAAACAUCUGUAAUAAUUGGAAAUGUAAGAACAUUAAUAUUGUUUUACCAUCAGACUGCUAUUUUGAUUAAGCUUUGACUGACUUUGGUUCCUCCACAAGAAUGAGUUAAACUCCUCUUUUCUGAUUUAUUCACUCAUGGGAUGAGUACAUCCAAAGUAUUUAUUGUACCUCCAUAAUUGACCAUGAACAGAAUAGCCAUAAUUUUGCCAACAUAUUGGCUUUGAGUUGAAGUACCAUUUUGGUGUGAAGGCAUAUAGAACACAGUAGAGUAAUUCUGCCUGUUCUAUAUAUCUUGAAGCUCCAAUUUAUGAGAGGAGAAGGGCAAUAUUAGAUUUUAUUAAUGGAAAAGCAGCAACCCACAAACUAACACAUACAAACAAGCUGGAGGAACUCAGCAG